AUGGCUUCAAUUUUUUUUUUUUUUUUUUUGGCCUCCUCGACGCGCCGCCCUACUGGUCGCUCGGCUUCCAUCUGUGCAAGGGUCAUUGGACGAAAUUCUACGUGCUCGGCGCCCGGACUAUAUUCAACCUACCGCGCUAUCGGGGGUGUUCUGAACUUCUUCGUCGUACGUUCGCCGCCCUACUGGUCGCUCGGCUUCCACCUGUGCAAAUACAACUAUCUGUCGCUGAACACGACACGAAACGUUUGGAAAGCCAAUAGAGACGCGGGUAUUCCCUUUGACGUGCAAUGGAACGACCUCGACUACAUGAAGGAUGCGAACGACUUCACAUACGAUACAGUCGCGUACGCCGGCCUGCCAGAAUUCGUGGACGAACUGCAUAAGGAGGGCAUGCAUUAUGUUAUGCUUUUGGAUCCUGGUAUAAGUGCAUCGGAAAAACCCGGCUCCUACCCGCCAUACGACAAGGGCAUAGAAAUGGAUGUGUUCAUCAAGAAUGGCACUAACCAACCGUUUGUUGGGAAGGUAUGGAACCGAGAAAGCACGGUGUACCCAGACUUCACCCACCCGAACGGGACUCAGUUCUGGGUGGAUAUGAUGACAGAUUUCCAUAAGAAGGUCAAAUACGACGGCGCGUGGAUCGACAUGAACGAGCCAUCGAACUUCGUGGAUGGUAUCAAGGAAGGCCACUGCUCCGACGAGGAAUUACCUUACAAGCCGCACACACCGGACCCGUAUCUGCGAGCUCAUACGCUAUGCAUCGACGCCAAGCAAUACUCCGGCCCGCACUAUGAUAUGCACAAUUUGUAUGGGCUGACUGAAGCUAUCGCGACGAAUUUCGCGCUAAGCGACAUCCGCGGCAAGCGUCCGUUCAUAAUCUCGCGCUCUACGUUCGUUGGCUCGGGCAAGUUCACCGGCCACUGGAGCGGCGAUAUUGCCAGCGAAUGGCAUGACAUGCGGAUGACUAUACCUGAGCUGCUGAACUUCAACUUAUUCGCCAUCCCGAUGAUGGGAGCCGACAUUUGCGGCUUCCGUGGGAAUACAACUGUGGAACUUUGCCGGCGCUGGAUGCAGCUGGGAGCUUUCUAUCCCUUCUCACGGAAUCACAACUCAGACAGCUCUAGUCCACAAGACCCAGUGAGCUUGGGCCCGUCAGUAGUGUCGGCGAGCCGAACCGCGCUAAGACUGCGUUACGCGCUGCUACCGUAUUACUACACGCUGUUCUUCGCUGCCCACGUGUAUGGGGAGCCUGUUAUAAGGCCCGUUUUCUUUGUGUGAGUAUAAUAAGGCUACUUCUUUUACUACAAAAC